AACUCUUUAUAGCUCAAACACUCGCCGUGUAUACCGUUCUGCACCACCUGGGCACGGUAACUCGUCGCUUCGAUCUUCAAACGGUUUCUCGGACCUGCAGAUCUCGAAACCAACGACUCUCCUCCUCAACCAACCUUCCACACACCUUCCACACACCUUCCACGCCACCCAAACCUACGACACAUCACCACAUCACCGCUCAAAUGGUUCCCUCUACUACCUCCAAAGCCCCUCGCUCCCGCAAGGCCAGAUCUCCCACUCCCACCCCGAGCCCCAAGGGCCUCUCCAAGGCGAGCGUCUCCAAAUACAAGAGCGGCGCCAGCAUCUCCGGUUCCUCCAAAUCCGUCCGUCCCCAGACCAGAGGCAGCAAGCAAUCCGCUCUCCACAACCGCCUCAUGGUCAAGAAACUCAACGAGGCCUUCGACGAAGAAGAAAACGACAUCCUGGCCCAGAAGCUUACUGACGCUCUGGCUGAGGAUCAACACCAGCCGAACGGGCACGACACCGCGGCGCCACAAGCCACUUCCCCUCUGCAUGAGCCAAUCACCAACAAGAGCCAGGAGCUCAACAACCCCACGAAGCGCAAGCACGUCGGGGAGAUCUUCCAGCCCGCCAAGAGGGUUCAGAUCCUCGCCGGACUAGCGCUGCCGCCUGGGGCCACCAGCUGGGGCACGGAAGAGCCUGGCAUCGAAAUCCUCCCGGCGCCUCUCAACGGGACUCUGGCCAGGCAAGAGGCCGCUCGGAACCCGCCGCAGCCGAAGAAGCUCGAGAUCGUCGACCCGGAGAAGUACGCUUUCGACGACCAGUUCGCUCCCCCCACCGAGCACGAGCGCCACAGAAGGCAGAUUGAGAGUUUCGAGAGCAAGGCGGCGGAAUUGAAGCUGAGAAAGGAGGAGAAGGACGCCAGACGGGCAGCAGCGUUUCAGAAGAAGAAGGAGGCGGAUAUGAAGAAGCUCGAUCCGUACGCUGGUCUUCCGGAUGCUGAGACCGAGGACUACGAGAAAGGCGUCGCCGCUCCCGUCACUACCCCGGUGACCGAAGCUCAGGAGAAGCCGGAGCCUGUGCCUUCUGUCCCCGCCGUGGUGCCCGCCGCUCCCAUCCCCGCCGCCUCAAACAAGCGCAAGCACGACGACGACAACAACGACACCACCUCUGCGCCUCUCUACAAACCCGAGAUCAAGCGCAGGAAAGUCAACCCCGUGAAGUCCCGCCUGUUCACCAGCCUCGCUGCCGCCGGAGGUAUCGUGCCAGCUCCCGCCACUCCCAAUGGCGGUGAAGCCAGCCUCACCUCCGCGCAGCAGGCGCAGGCAAAGAGCAUAUCGGCGCUGGAACAGGGCAAGGGGGCCGGGCUCGCGAACGGAAAGGGGGAAGAACCUGUCCUUCGCCAGGGGACAGAGCAGCCAGCUCUCGCUUCCCCCGUUGCUCCUAGCACUACUGAGCAGCAUAUCACUCUCCCUGGCUCGCAAUCCACCAAUCCCACCGAGGACGCCACGCCAGGCACGCAACCCCGUCCAAAAGCAACCGCCGCAAAAGCUCCCCACGCAGCCAACCAGUCCACUCCCAUCGCCCCCAACAGCGAAGGAAACAACGCCACGGCGCAGGAGAAGCGCAGCGGACGCCCAGCUAAGGAACCCGAGAACGCAGCUCAAAAGCAGACGCCCGCGAAAAAGCGGGCUCGCAAGAGCGGAUCGUGAGUUGGGUGAAGUGGCGUGCUUUCUGGCUCGAUGGUGGGAUUUGAAGCCAGGUGUGGAUUGCUGGGGUGGGUUUGCUGGAGGUUUUUGUGUCAUGGGGAUGGUGCGUUAGGCUGGCUGGGUGGGCU